AUGCGACCAUUGCUUCUGUGCAAGGCAAAAGGAGAGCGAAGUCUGGGGGAAGAGGGUUUUUCUUAUAUAUAUAAGGAAUAAUAAAACCAGAAAGGCUAAUGCUUUGCCAUAAAAAUAGGGAUUAAUACAAUUAUUUAA